GAUAACAAUGGUUGUCAAAGUUUAUGGUCCAGUAACGGCAGCUUGCCCCCAGAGGGUACUGACCUGCCUUCUCGAGAAAGAUGUCGAUUUCGAAAUCGUUCACAUCAAUCUCGAUGCCUGUGACCAUAAGAAACCCGAUUUCCUCCUCCGUCAACCGUUUGGACAAGUCCCGGCUAUAGAGGAUGCCGAUUUUAAACUUUUUGAGUCGAGGGCGAUCAUAAGGUACUAUGCGGCCAAAUAUGAGAAGCGAGGUCCGAACCUGCUGGGGAACUCAUUGGAAGAAAGAGCAGUGGUGGAUCAAUGGCUUGAAGUGGAAGCACACAACUUCAACGAGUUAGUCUACAAUUUGGUCCUCCAGCUGGUGAUCCUGCCUCGAAUGGGGAAGCAAGGUGACUCGGCCUUGGCACUUAGUUGCCAACAAAAGCUGGACAAAGUAUUUGACGUCUACGAGCAACGUCUGUCCGGCUCCGCCUAUCUUGCCGGAGAUUCGUUCACCUUGGCCGACCUUAGCCAUCUCCCGGGCAUUCGAUACUUGGUGGAGGACGCCGGAAUGGGGCACUUGGUGUCCCAAAGGAAGCAUGUCAAUGCAUGGUGGGAGACCAUUUCCAACCGACCCGCUUGGAAGAAGCUCAUGAAGCUCGCUGGUUAUUAAGCAUCCUUCACUACUACUG